AACUCCUGUCCCGAAAGCUUCACGUCGCGCACAUUUUGUCAUUGUCGGGAUUAUCGGGCAGGUCCUUGAAUGCGUCAUGAUGUCACCAUCAUAUUUAGCUCAAUAGCUGAUCCGGGCUCGGAUUGUGGACUGUGGAGCUCGUCAUGUUGGCGUCCUUUAGGUGCGCAUCAUCUCCUCUCCGCUGAGUCACGCCGCCCUGUAAAGAAGAGGAAACAAUCACGCAAACACCGAGAAGAAGAUGUUUAUGAUGAAGGACGGAUAGAAAGUGGAAGAGAAGAUGUCGUUCUUCGGCCUGGAUUGUGUCAGGAACAAAGAGCCCGAGCUGGAGAGGAAGCUCAGGGCCAACGACCGAGAGUACAACAUCUCCUUGAAAUAUGCAACGAACGCCAUCAAGACCUCCAAGUACAACUUCUUCACGUUCCUACCGCUCAACCUCUUCGAGCAGUUCCAGAGGAUCGCUAACGCCUACUUCCUGUUCCUGCUGGUGCUCCAGGUGAUUCCUGAGAUCUCGUCCCUGUCCUGGUUCACCACCGUGGUGCCUCUGGUCCUGGUGCUGUCCGUCACCGCCGCCAAGGACGCCACCGAUGACAUUAAUCGCCACAGGAGCGACAAUCAAGUCAACAACCGGAAAGUCCAAGUCCUCAUCGAUGGCAAACUGCGCAGCGAGAAGUGGAUGAGCGUGCAGGUGGGCGACAUCAUCAAGCUGGAAAACAACCAAUUUGUCACCGCCGACCUCCUGCUGCUGUCCAGCAGUGAGCCACUCAACCUGGUCUACAUCGAGACGGCCGAGUUGGACGGAGAGACCAACCUAAAAGUGCGGCAGGCCCUGCCGGUGACGGGCGACCUCGGCGACGACGUCAACAAGCUGGCGGAUUUCAACGGCGAAGUCCACUGCGAGCCCCCCAACAACCGCCUGGACCGCUUCACGGGGACGCUGAGCUCGGCGGGACAGAAGUACGCUCUGGACAACGAGAAGAUCCUGCUGAGAGGAUGCACCCUGAGGAACACCGACUGGUGCUUUGGACUGGUGCUCUUUGGAGGUCCGGAGACCAAGCUGAUGCAGAACUGCGGGAAGAGCACCUUUAAGAGGACCAGCGUGGACCGUCUGAUGAACGUCCUGGUCCUGUGUAUCUUUGGCUUCCUGGCCUUCAUGUGCAGCAUCCUGGCCGUCGGGAACUACUGCUGGGAGCUGGACGAGGGCUCGACCUUCACGGCCUUCCUACCUCGGCAGAACGGCAGCGACGCCGCCUUCUCCUCCUUCCUCACCUUCUGGUCUUACGUCAUCAUCCUCAACACCGUGGUGCCCAUUUCGCUCUACGUCAGCGUGGAGAUCAUCCGCCUGGGCAACAGCUUCUACAUCGACUGGGACAGGAAGAUGUACCACGGCCGCAGCGACACGCCGGCCGAGGCGCGCACCACCACCUUGAACGAGGAGCUGGGCCAGAUCAAGUACGUCUUCAGCGACAAGACGGGCACGCUCACGCAGAACAUCAUGACCUUCAACAAGUGCUCCAUCCACGGCAAGUCCUACGGUGACGUCUUCGACUACAAAGGAGAAAGACUAGAAAUCAACGAGGGCACCGAGACCGUGGACUUCUCCUUCAAUCCGCUGGCGGACCCUCGCUUCACCUUCCACGAUCACGCCCUGGUGGAAGCCGUCAAGCUGGAGACCCCUGAGGUCCACGCCUUCUUCCGGCUGCUCGCCCUCUGCCACACCGUCAUGGCGGGGGAGAAGAAAGAAGGGCAGCUGGUGUACCAGGCCCAGUCCCCAGACGAGGGCGCUCUCGUAACGGCCGCUCGAAACUUCGGAUUCGUCUUCCGCUCAAGGACGCCCGACAGUGUCUCCAUUGUGGAAAUGGGACAGCAGCGAACUUACCAGCUCUUGGCCAUCCUGGAUUUCAACAACGUCCGCAAGAGGAUGUCCGUCAUUGUACGCAGCCCGGAGGGAAAGCUGUCCCUCUACUGCAAAGGCGCGGACACCAUGGUCUACGAGAGGCUGCACCGGUCCUGCAGCAAGCUGAUGGACGCCACCACGGAGCACCUCAACGAGUUUGCCGGGGAAGGCCUGCGGACCCUGGCCUUGGCCUACAAGGACCUGGACGAGGACUUUUUCGCCCAGUGGAAAGGGCGCCACCACGAGGCCAGCACCGCGCUGGACGACCGCGAGGGCAAGCUGGACCAGCUGUACGAGGAGAUCGAGAGAGACCUGCUGUUGCUAGGGGCGACCGCCAUAGAAGACAAGCUGCAGGACGGCGUUCCUCAGACCAUCGAGCAGCUGUCCAAGGCAGACAUCAAGAUCUGGGUUCUGACCGGUGACAAGCAAGAAACAGCAGAAAACAUCGGUUACUCGUGCAACCUACUGCGCGAGGAGAUGAACGACGUCUUCGUCAUCUCGGGGAACUCGCCCGAGGACGUCAGGCAGGAGCUGCGAAACGCACAGACCGCCAUGAAACCGGAUGCGGUGGAAGAUUCUGUGAUUUCACAGCAAAGGAGCCUGGGUAAAAAGGCGAAGGCCAUCAUCACGGACGAAGUGGUGAACGGCGAGUACGGCCUGGUCAUCAACGGGCACAGUCUGGCGUACGCGUUGGAGCGCGGCAUGGAGCUGGACUUCCUCAGGACGGCGUGCAUGUGCAAGGCGGUCAUCUGCUGCCGGGUCACGCCCCUGCAGAAGGCACAGGUGGUAGAGCUGGUCAAGACGCACAAGAAGGCCGUCACGCUGGCCAUCGGCGACGGCGCCAACGACGUCAGCAUGAUUAAAGUGGCCCACAUCGGCGUGGGCAUCUCCGGUCAGGAAGGAAUGCAGGCGGUGUUGUCCAGCGAUUACUCCUUCGCCCAGUUCCGUUUCCUGCAGCGCCUCCUGCUGGUGCACGGCCGCUGGUCCUACCUGCGCAUGUGCAAGUUCCUGCGCUACUUCUUCUACAAGAACUUCACCUUCACCUUCGUCCACUUCUGGUACGCCUUCUUCUGCGGCUUCUCCGCCCAGACGGUGUAUGACGAGUGGUUCAUAACGCUCUACAACCUGGUCUACACGGCGUUACCUGUGCUGGGAAUGAGCCUCUUUGACCAGGACGUGAACGACGCGUGGAGUUUCCAGCACCCGCAGCUGUACGUCCCCGGCCAGCAGAACCUCUACUUCAGCAAGACGGCCUUCGUCAAAUGCGCCCUGCACAGCUGCUACAGCUCCCUGGUGCUCUUCUUCAUCCCGUACGCCGCCGUCAGCCAGGCCAAGGACGUGGCCGACUACCAGUCCUUCGCCGUCCUCACGCAGACCUGCCUGCUGUUUGCCGUCACCAUCCAGCUGGGCUUGGAGAUGUCCUACUGGACGGCGGUGAACACCGUCUUUGUCCUGGGAAGCUUGGUCAUGUACUUUGCGGUCACCUUCACCAUGUACAGCGACGGACUGUUCCUACUCCUGCCCUCGGCCUUCCCUUUCGUCGGCACGGCCAGGAAGUCGCUGAGUCAGCCCAACGUGUGGCUGACCAUCGUCCUCACCUCCGUGCUGUGCAUCCUUCCUGUGGUCACUUAUCGCUUCCUGCUGAUACAGCUCCGCCCCUCCAUCAACGACAAGGUGAUGUUCAAGGUCCGCCGGGCCAAAGCCACGCCGCCCCCGCCGCCUCGCCGCACCCGAAUCCGCCGCACCAGCUCCCGCCGCUCCGGCUACGCCUUCUCCCACGCUCAAGGUUACGGCGACCUGGUGACGUCGGGGCGCUUCCUGCGGCGCCCGGCCGUGUCGCGCCCCUCGGGUUUCUCGCACAUGGGACGCGCCGCCGCCGCCGGCUUCAGCCCCAUGGGGCGCUCGGCCGGGUACAGCCCCACGGGGCGGGCGCAGCAGGGGAAGGCCCAGGAGGUGGAGGUGACCUCGCUGCAGAUGUACAGGACCAUCAGUGACGCCGCUCUCUGAUUGGUCAGGAGCCUUCAUAACAGGAAGUGUCGCCAUUGUUUACAAACUUGGAAGCCAUGUUGCCUUCAUGUCCUCUUGAUAACUGUGGUUUUUUUACACAACUCAUAGCACUUCUAUUGAUGCAAAUAUUGUUCUUUAUAAUGUUUAGAAUGUGCUAGAUGGGGAUGUUCUUCACUCCUGCUUCAAUUCAGUUUUUUACCUAAACCGCGUGGAGGACAAUCAUUCCCAAAUCCUCCAGCGUCCACUGCAGUGGACAUUGGUUUUUACAGCCUAUUUUUAAUACAUUUUCGCGAAAAAUUAUGGAGGGCCAAAAUGGACCAAAUUAAAAUUAAUACAUUUUUCGAUAGUUAUUAUGUUUUAAUUAAUUAAUUAGAAUUAAAUUGAAAUACUUACAUGUAUUAUUAAAUAUGCCAUCCAUCCAUCCAUUUUCUACCGCUUGUCCCUUUUUGUGUGACAAUCAUUUUUACUUUAACUUGAACUUAACUUCUGUAAUUGCAUGCUGACGUUAGCAUGCUAACAUUCUUGCUAAUUUUUAUCAAUUAAUACAAUUUUAACAUAUGUUGAAAUCAAUAAUUAAAUUUUAAAAUAAUUAAAUGUAAUUAAAAAAAUAUUAUUAAAUAUCAUUAAUUUAUUUUUAAUUACAUUUGAUUAUUUUACAAUUUAAUUCUUGAUUUUAACAAUUCUGUUAAUUGUUAAAAUUGUAUUAAUUGAUGAAAAUUUGCAAGAAUGUUAGCAUGCUAACGUCAGCAUGCUAUUACAGAAGUUAAGUUAAAGUUAAAGUACCAAUGAUUGUCACACACACACUAGGUGUGGUGAAAUUUGUCCUCUGCAUUUGACCCAUCCCAUUGAUCACCCCCUGGGAGGUGAGGGGAGCAGUGAGCAGCAGCAAUGGCCACGCCCAGGAAUUAUUUUGGGUGAUCUAACCCCCCAAUUCCAACCCUUGAUGCUGAGUGCCAAGCAGGGAGGUAACGGCUCCCCAUUUUUUUAGUCUUUAGUAUGGCUCGGCCGGGGUUUGAACUCACGACCUACCGAUCUCAGGGUGGACACUCUAACCACUAGGCCACUGAGUAGAAUUGAUCAUAUUUCUAAGAUUGUGGCAAUUAUCAAAAUCCAUGAAUUUUAAGUUAAUAUACAUAAAACUAGCAAGAAUGCUAGCGUAAAAUUUUAGCAUGCUAAUGUUAGCAUGCUAAUAUAGAAGAAGUUAUACUUCUAAGAUUGUGGCAAUUAUCAAAAUGUAUGAUUUAACCCCCAAUUCCAACCCUUGAUGCUGAGUGCCAAGCGGGGAGGUAACGGUUCCCCAGUUUUUUAGUCCUUAGUAUGGCUCGGCCAGGGUUUGAACUCACGACCUACCGAUCUCAGGGCGGACACUCUAACCACUAGGCCACUGAGUAGAAGUUAUCAUACUUCUAAGAUUGUGGCAAUUAUCAAAAUCCAUGAAUUUUAGGUUAAUAUACAUAAAACUAGCAAUAAUGCUAGCGUAAAAUUUUAGCAUGCUAAUGUUAGCAUGCUAAUAUAGAAGAAGUUAUACUUCUAAGAUUGUGGCAAUUAUCAAAAUCUAUGAUUUAACCCCCAAUUCCAACCCUUGAUGCUGAGUGCCAAGCAGGGAGGUAACGGUUCCCCAUUUUUUUAGUCUUUAGUAUGGCUUCGGCCGGGGUUUGAACUCACAACCUACCGAUCUCAGGGCGGACACUCUAACCACUAGGCCACUGAGUAGAAUUUAUCAUAUUUCUAAGAUUGUGGCAAUUAUCAAAAUCCAUGAAUUUUAAGUUAAUAUACAUAAAACUAGCAAGAAUGCUAGCGUAAAAUUUUAGCAUGCUAAUGUUAGCAUGCUAAUAUAGAAGAAAUUAUACUUCUAAGAGUGUGGCAAUUAUCAAAAUCUGUGAUUUUUAGGUUUAUUUAAAUAAAACUAGCAAGGAUGCUAGCGUAAAAUGUUAGCAUGAUAAUUUUAGCAUGCUUUUAUAGAAGAAGUAAUCAUACUUGUAAAAUGGUGCCAAGUAUCGAAUUCCAUGAUUUUUAGGUUAAAAUGUACAAACUUAGCUAUAUUGCUCGUAUAAACAGAUUAGUAAGGUAGCGUAAGCAUAGGAAGAGUUAGCAUAUGGUGGUAAGUACCCAAACCCAUCGAUUUGAGGUUCCACUGAAUACAAUUUGCGGAAUUGCUAGCAUGACAGGGCGGACACUCUAACCACUAGGCCACUGAGUAGAAGUUAUCAUACUUCUAAGAUUGUGGCAAUUAUCAAAAUCCAUGAAUUUUAGGUUAAUAUACAUAAAACUAGCAAGAAUGCUAGCGUAAAAUUUUAGCAUGCUAAUGUUAGCAUGCUAAUAGAGAAGAAUUUAUACUUCUAAUAUUGUGGCAAUUAUCAAAAUCUAUGAUUUUUAGGUUUAUUUAAAUAAAACUAGCAAGGAUGCUAGCGUAAAAUGUUAGCAUGAUAAUUUUAGCAUGCUUUUAUAGAAGAAGUAAUCAUACUUCUAAAAUGGUGCCAAAUAUCGAAAUACAUGAUUUUUUUUUAUUAAAAUGUACAAACUUAACUAUAUUGCUCGUAUAAAAAGAUUAGUAAGGUAGCGUUAGCAUAGGAAGAGUUAGCACAUGGUGGUAAGUAUCCAAACCCAUCGAUUUGAGGUUCCACUGGAUACAAUUUGCGGAAUUGCUAGCAUGACAACGUCGAAAAAGUUGGCAGACUUUGAAGAUGGCGCCAACAAUCAAACGCCAUCAUUUUUGGGUUUGACGGAAUAAAAUUUGCUAAAAUGCUAACUUCACGUUAGCAUGCUCACUUCACGUUAGCAUGCUCACAUGGGAAAAGUUAGCGUCCUUUUAAGAUGGCAGCAAGUAUUAAAAAUAAUUAUAUUUAGGUUGAAACAAAUAUGAUUACCUCAAAUGCUAGCAUGCUAACUUUAGCAUGCUAUCUUUAAGACGAGUUAAUUUUUUCAUGUAUUUUUUUAAUGAAGUUGUCAAAGUCAGUGGGCGGGUCCUCACACCUGAUUGGUCACUUCCGCUUGCCUGUAGAAGCGGUGAAUAUUGUGCGAAAAUAACAACUCCAAACACUAUUAUUUAGUUCAUUUCAAUUGGAAUCCAUUAAUGAUGCAUUUAGGUACUUUUGAACUAUGUCACUAUUUAUUUAAUUUUAUCCCUUUAGGCCUGAAAAACCUUUUAUGUUUGGUUUAUUUCCAAACAAAUGAAUAUUAAGUAGCCCUGUUAUGCAAAACAAAAGUUUCCACUGCAGUGGAUACUGGUUCUCCGGAGAAUAUAUAUGUGGUUGUAUUUUUUUGUUUUUGUUUCUGUUUUUUUAAAGGGACGAGAGAACUUCUGUCCGAAUGUGCCAGAUUGUAAGGAGCAGACUAACGAUGCAACAUACACAAUGUUGCCAAAAGUAUUUGGCCACCCAUCCAAGUGAUAAGAAUCAGGUGUCCCGAUCACUAGGCCCGGUGUAUAAAAUCAAGCACGUAGGCAAACCUUUGUGCAAGAACGGGCCGCUCUCAGUGAUUUCCAGCGUGGAACUGUCAUAUGAUGCCACCAGUGCAACAAAUCCAGUCGUGAAAUUUCCUCGCUCCUAAAUAUUCCAAAGUCAACUUUAUUAUAAGAAAAGUGAAGAGUUUGGGAACAACAGCAACUCAGUCACGAAGUGGAAGGCCACAUAAACUAACAAGAGAGGGGUUAGCGAAGGAAUUAUGGUGUGGGGUUGUUUUUCAGGAGUCAGUUCCAGUGAAAGGAAUUUUGAAUGCUACCAGAUACCCAAACAUUUUGGACAAUUCCAUGCUCCCAACCUUGUGGGGAACAGUUUGGAGCGGGCCCCUUCCUCUUCCAACAUGACCAUGGUCCAUAAAGACAUGGAUUACAGAACUUGACUGGCCUGCACGGAGUCCUGACCUGAACCCAAUAGAACACCUUUAGGAUGAAUUAGAACAGAGACUGAGAGCCAGGCCAUCUCCGCCAACAUCAGUGUGUGACCUCACCAAAGCACUUUUGGGAGAAUGGUGGGAAAAUCCCUAUAAACACACUCCGCAACCUUGUGGACAGCCUUCUCAGAAGGGUUGAAGCUGUAAUAGCUGCAAGAGGCGGACCAAAAUCAUAUUGGACCCUAUGGGUUAGGAAUGGAAUGGCACUAUGGGAGUCAAGGCAGGUGGCCAAGUACUUUUGGCAAUUUAGUGUAUAUUUGCCUUCUUCAGAGAGCAAACCAGAUGAGACUGAAAAACAGCAGCGCCUCAGCUGGUUGCAGCCUAGUACUGCACUCCCCCGUGGCUAUAAGUCAGGGGGGUCCAAACGUUUUCCACUAAGGGCCACAGACUGAAAAAUCAGAGCAUGUGGAAGACAUAUUUUUCACUUUCAAACCAAUAGUAUAUAUUGAUUUUUAUAUAUAUUUUAUAUAAAGAAAAAAACUACCUGCAUGCCAGCUUUGUGCUAUUCAAUUUUCUGUCUUAACUUGAUUUUUAUUCCACUAUUUUUGGAUACCACUGCUAUCAUUCAUCAGUUACACACACACGUUGUUCAUGACUUGUGGGGACCACCCUUUCUACUGCUAUCAUUCAUCAGUUACACACACACACGUUGUUCAUGACUUGUGGGGACCACCCUUUCUACUGCUAUCAUUCAUCAGUUACACACACACACGUUGUUCAUGACUUGCGGGGACCACCCUUUCUACUGCUAUCAUUCAUCAGUUACACACACACACGUUGUUCAUGACUUGCGGGGACCACCCUUUCUACUGCUAUCAUUCAUCCGUUACACACACGCACACAUUGUUCAUGACUUGUGGGGACCACCCUUUCUACUGUAAUCAUUCAUCAGUUACACACACACGUUGUUCAUGACUUGUGGGGACCACCCUUUCUACUGCUAUCAUUCAUCAGUUACACUCAUACACGUUGUUCAUGACUUGUGGGGACCACCCUUUCUACUGCUAUCAUUCAUCAGUUACACACACACACACAUUGUUCAUGACUUGUGGGGACCACCCUUUCGACUGCUAUCAUUCAUCGGUUACACACACACGUUGUUCAUGACUUGUGGGGACCACCCUUUCGACUGCUAUCAUUCAUCGGUUACACACACACGUUGUUCAUGACUUGUGGGGACCACCCUUUCUACUGCUAUCAUUCAUCAGUUACACACACACACGUUGUUCAUGACUUGUGGGGACCACCCUUUCUACUGCUAUCAUUCAUCAGUUACACACACACAUUGUUCAUGACUUGUGGGGACCACCCUUUCUACUGCUAUCAUUCAUCAGUUACACACACACACGUUGUUCAUGACUUGUGGGGACCACCCUUUCUACUGCUAUCAUUCAUCAGUUACACACACACACGUUGUUCAUGACUUGUGGGGACCACCCUUUCUACAGGGUGUGUAGGCGUAAAAAAAUGAGGUAAAAUGGUCACUGCCCAGUUAGCUCAUACACGUCUUUAAAUCUCUGGAUUGAUGAAGGAAUGUGCUGCUCAUUCUUACUGGGGACCCUGGGAAAAGAGUUAAUAUGGUACACGGGGACUAAAUUUAAAUCAUUUUGCCUAAUACACACAAAUUUGUAUAUGAUUACUUAAGACUUCAGAAUGUAUCUGUUUCCCUUUAGGGGACCUGUUUUGUUUUGUUUUUGUCCCCAUACCGUCAGAGGUCCCCUAAAGGUAACUGUGUAAACAGAGCAAUGUCCCCAUUAAGUCGGUAACUGUGUAAACAGAGCAAUGUCCCCAUUAAGUCGGCAUUGCCAGAACACACACACACACACACAUGGCUCUUAACAAGCUACAUUUUUCAAUCUACAUGCUGGAAGGGAAAAGAAGCACAAACUGCACAUUUUAGACAGCAAGUGUCCACACACAGUAUGUAGCACUGAAUGCCACACGAUGCAUUCGAGGACGUACAAUAACAUAUCUGACGGAUGACUUGCAAACACACACGUACUGUAAAGCAUCAUAGGAAUAUGAUCCAAUAAGUCAUAUUUAUAUAUGUUCUUGUCUAAUUGUUGCUCAAUUUAUCUCUGGGAUGCCACUUUGUGAGCAGCCACUAUAGAUGUUUAUCGGUUUCUUAUAACUUUUUAUAUGCAUCACCAUGGACUAAGUGUGUACUGCAUCAUGUUUUGAAGAAAAUUAUGUGACUUUGCUCUUUUGUACAUUUUUUUUAUACCUGCAAGAACUGCAUUAAAAAAAAUACCAAACCUCUGCA